AUGGUGAACCCUCAAAGUUACAAACUGUAUAUUUAUCAUAAGGACAAACCAUUCGUGGUGUUCAAUCACAAUGAUGCCACAAAUGUGCACAUUUAUUUGGACACUAAAAAGGAUUUGUUUGAGAAGUUGAACAUGGAUUUGUCCAAGGAGUUUCCUCAAUUGCCAAACAUCUUGCAUGUUCGGCCCGAAACAGGAAUAAUCGUCUCUACAUUCAAAAAUGAAUAUUCUCGUGAUUGGGCUGCUAACGAAUUAAAAAGCUUAGAAUCUCCUUUUCGAGAUUGCUUGAUACAAUUGUAUAAGCCAAAAUUCAAAGUUGUUGCUUUGGUACCAAACGUUAUCAAUCCUGAAUUUUCUAAAAGUAUAAUCGCAGGCAUAAUUAAGGAUCAUAAUAGUUUGAAUCUCAAUGCACAAAACAACUGGGCUUAUGCACGAAAAGGACAGUCUCAUACUCAUCAGAAAUAUCACAUUACUGUUGAUACACGAAGUCUUUAUCAGCUUAAGAAGCGAAACUUCAAGAUGUCUUUAGGCUCAGAAGAAAUUCAGUUGGAAGUAAUUGAUGCUGUAUUUGGUGGCAAAACGUAUGGCCAAUCUGAAGGAUUUCAAGCUGUGUUCUCAAGCUUGGACUAUCCACUCGUGAUGCUUGGCAAAGAUGAUGCACAAAAAUUGAGUUAUGAGUUGCAUGACAAAAAGCAAAGGAUUCAUAACGCUCGCUUGCCCGUUAUUGAGUCUGUUCUGUCUAAAAAUGGAAUUAUUCUUGUAGAAUGCAUUAAUCAAUUUUCAUUGGAAUGGGUAAUUGAAAAUAUUUCAGGAUUAGAACUUAAACAGAAUCCUAUCAGGCAGUAUAAGUUUUCUGCAUUUAUUCCAACAAAAAGCAUGGAAAAUUUCAAUGUUGCUUUUGUCAAAGCAAGGAUUGAAGCAGAAAAUGCUGGAUUCAACGCUUAUGCUUGGGAAAUAACACUAAAGAACCAGUUUCAGCAAUAUUUUGAAGUUGACAUCAUUUGUGACGAUGAGAGUGUCUUCAAUAUUUCUAAGCAAGGGUUCAGAGUUGCAUUUGAAUUUGAAGUUAUUAAAUUGGAUUACGUCGGUGUUGUUGGAGACAAUCAUGAUUAUUAA